AUGAUAAAAUGUCUAGAGAAGUAUAUUUUAUGGUAUUAUUUAUUUUUUUACAUUAAUAUUAUAUCUGGAUCACACUUAAUUGAACAUAUUCUUAAUGAAUAUGACAAUAGAAUUAGGCCUUAUGCUGAUUACAAUUGUCCUGUUAUGGUAAACAUGACAAUUGUCUUAGGAAUUUUAACAGAAUUAAAUGAAAAUCAACAAGUGGCUGCUUUUGUUAUUUCACAUGUACAAAAAUGGAAUGAUCCACAAUUACAAUGGAAUCCAAAAAAAUUUAAUAAUCAAACUCAAGUAAUUAUACCCCAUAAAAAUAUUUGGGUGCCAAAAAUGUUUGUAUACAAUAGUAAAGAUACUAAAAUGAUGCUUGAUGAUAGUCGUUUUGAUGCUAGAAUAUCUUAUACUGGAGAUGUAAAAAUAAAUAUUCCUCAAUAUAUAAAUUGUAUAUGCAGACUUCAUAUAGAAACAUUUCCGUUUGAUACACAAUAUUGUGCUAUAGCUUUAGCAUCUCCGUUACUAACUGUUGAUGAAAUGAAUGUAACAGUAUUAGAACCUCCAACAUUAUCUUAUUUUACUGGUAAUGCUGAAUGGGAACUUAAAAAUGUAACUGUUAAAAGAAUUGAAUUUCCAGAAGAAGAUGAAUGGAGAGUUGAAGUACAAUAUAUAUUUCAAUUAAAAAGAAGACCAACUUCAUAUAGAAACAUUUCCGUUUGA